AUGUUUUCAGGAUUUAGCGGUUAUGGGAACGCCUAUGCAAACAUUCCUCAGAGGCUUGAAGAGUUCUUUAGAUGUUAUCCAAUUGCUAUGAUGAAUGACAAUAUCCGCAAGGAUGAUGCUAAUUACGGAGGCAAGAUAUUUUUGCCACCAAGCGCCUUAAACAAAUUGACACUUCUUAAUGUCAGAUAUCCUAUGCUCUUCGAACUAAAAAGUCAAGAAAGUGGCAAAGUCACCCAUGGUGGUGUUUUAGAAUUUAUUGCAGAAGAGGGGAGAGUUUACUUGCCACAAUGGAUGAUGGAAACUUUAGAGAUCCAACCUGGCUCAGUACUCCAGAUAUGCUCUACUGAUGUUCCUUUGGGCCAGUUUGUGAAGUUGGAACCUCAAUCAGUGGAUUUCUUAGAUAUAUCUGAUCCAAAAGCUGUGCUAGAAAGGGUGCUUAGAAACUUUAGCACCCUAACAAUUGACGAUAUAAUUGAAAUCAGUUACAAUAACAAAGUAUACAGAAUUCGGAUAUUAGAAGUGAAACCGGAAUCUUCGUCCAAAUCCAUAUGUGUUAUUGAAACUGAUUUGGUGACCGAUUUCGCACCGCCAGUUGGAUAUGUUGAACCGGAUUAUAAAUCUCAAAAGAAACAGACUCCUAGUUUUGAUCCAUCUAUUAAAGGCUUGGGAAGUAUGUCAAAAAGAAUCAACUAUGCUGAAAUUUUGGAUCCAACGGAUAAGGACAAAAGUUUUCAUGGAGAAGGUCAAAAACUCUCUGGCAAAGCCAUUAAACCGAAGGAAGAUGAUAUAAAAGAAAUCAGCGUAUCUCUUGACGGAAAUCCAGCACCACUUAAUUUGCCAGAGGGCCAAUUGUUCUUUGGCUUUCCGUAUGUUCCUCCUAAAUCUGAUGAUGGAGAGGAUAAUGAAAUUGCCAGCUCAAAAGUUUUCCAAGGAGAGGGCAAAUCAUUGCGACAAAGCGCCAAACGCAAAGACAAAGGCUCUCAUCAAGGUUCUAAAACAAAAGCUCCGAAAAGCCCAGAAGUUAUAGAAAUAGAUUAA